CUGGCCCUCCUCCUUGCCCCCUUUUGUUAGGGCUCCUGGCCUUUCUCUUCUCUCUGAAAAGCCAGGGCCCAGUCUCAGUUCCUGGGGAGAGAGUGCCCUCUAGUGCCUGGGAGGGUGAAGACUGAGGAGGAGGGCAGGGCCAGAGGCCAAGCCUGAAAGGAGGCCCUGCCAGCCAAUGAGGGGUGAGCCGGCUGCAGCUUGACCUGUGGAGCUGGGAAACAAGGGACCCACAGAGCCGAGGUCUCUCCUGUGUCCUGGAAUCACAUGAAGAUGAUGUGGUGGCUUCUUGUCUUCUCCGCUCUGGGUCUCGGGGCCUGGGGUGGUUCCUCCUGGGAUAAAACACAAGGUAAACACCUAUCCGAGGGGCUUCAGGACCUGCUUGGCAACAUCUCCCAGCUCAUUGAAAAAGACAAACGGGGUCUCAGUGGUGUCUCCACCAUGGUCUCUCGCAAGCAGUGGGGGGCAGACGCCGUUGCCUGCAGUGCCCAGCUGGCCCUGCCGGCGGGCUUCCUUGUCACGCACCACGUCCCUGGGCUGGAAUGUCACAACCAGACCUCGUGCAGUCAGAGGCUGCGGGAGCUGCAGGGCCAUCACGUGCGCAACGGCUGGUGUGACAUAGCCUACAACUUCCUGGUUGGGGACGAUGGCGGGGUGUAUGAAGGUGUUGGCUGGAAUGUCCAAGGUGUGCACACCCAGGGCUACAACAAUAUCUCCCUGGGCCUCGCCUUCUUUGGCACCAGCAAAGGCCACAGCCCUAGCCCUGCCGCCCUGUCAGCCAUGGAAGGUUUGAUCUCCUUUGCUGUCCGCAAGGGCCACCUGUCACCCGUGUACAUUCAGCCACUCCUUGUGAAAGGAGAGAGCUGCCUGUCCCCUCAGCAGAAUGCAAGUGUCAAGGAAGCUUGCCCACUUAUUGUCCAGCGGUCUGCUUGGGAUGCCAGGGAGACCCACUGCCCCAGGAUGAACCAGCCGGCUCAGUAUGUCAUCAUCAUCCACACCACGGGGAGAACCUGCAACAAGUCUGAUGAAUGCCGCGUGCUGGUCCAAGAUAUCCAGUCCUUCUUCAUGGAUAGAUCAGACUCGUGUGAUAUCGGGUACAACUUCCUUGUGGGCCAGGAUGGCAUCAUCUAUGAAGGAGUAGGCUGGAGUGUCCAAGGCUCCCACACCCCUGGCUACAAUGACAUUGCCCUGGGCCUCGCCUUUAUGGGCACCUUCUCUGGUUCCCCGCCCAAUGCCGCAGCACUGGAGGCAGCCCAGAAUCUGAUCCAGUGUUCCGUGGUCAAGGGGCACCUGGUCCCCAACUACCUGCUGCUGGGGCAGAGUGAUGUGACCAACGUUCAGUCUCCUGGGCGGGCUUUGUACAACAUCAUUAAGACUUGGCCUCAUUUCAGACACUAGCAAGCCCCUUUUUCUCCCAAGACCAUCCCCUUCCCCAACCCCACCUGCUGGUCCGCCUCUUCCUCUCCAUUCUGAUUCAAUACCUGUAUCCUCUCCUUGCCAGCCCCAUCCUGUCCCUCCUGUCUCAGGUUAGUAUGGUCAUUUGCUGCCAGCAUCUCCCAGAGUCCCUUAAACCCUGUAGUUGGAUGCUCCCAGCCCUCUGAGUCUGGGCCCAGUCUUCCUCUUUCCUCACCUUCCUCUCCUGCCACCCAUGUCUUCAGCCAGGUGAGCUUUCUUGUCCCCGGUACACACCCCUCUCCUGGUGUGCCUUCUCCUGCCGUCUGCCUGGCAGCCCCAGCCUCACACGUGACCCAGGUCAAUGUCCCAGCCCCUCCUCUCUGUUCACACACUGCCUUGCCCUGAUUUGAUGCAGCCCUUAUUUCAGGGCAGUGAUUGUUUACAGACAUUCUCUCCACUGGGUUGUGAGGUUGCCCAGUUUAAUUCAUGUCUGUGACGUCAGUUCUUCAACAGUGUCUAGAAUUCAGAAGAUGAGACAGAUAUUUAUUGGAGAAAUGGAUGAAUAAAGGGGGGUGGGCCAAGUCCCUGCUCCCCUUUCCAGUUUGCUGGACAUACCCUCUUUGGGCAAGAUUUGCUGGAUCUUGGACAGCCCCCCAUCCUGCCAGCAUUCUCUCUGUUCCAUUCUUUUCCAAUCCGAGGCUCAGAACUGGCUCUGGUUGCUUGUUUCUAAUGGCUGCUGUGUCUCUAGGGUCCCAUGUCCCCAUCUCCCACACCCCUGUGAGGACAGGACUGUGUACUGCUCCAGGCCCAGGCCCAGGCUGUCUCCACACAGGCCAUCCAGCACCUCCCCACAUAGGAGAUGCUCAUAGAUAAAAAAAAAUUAUAAAACUAGCACCUCAGAUCCAGCUAAAAGUAUCAAGAAAAUCAUAUAAGAUAGGAAAGAAAAAUUAACUAGAAGUGUAAAAUAGGAGAAAUCGGGUAAUAGAACUCAUGAGAGAGUAAGAAAUAUAGUAACCAUUUCAGAAAUGACCAGGUAAAAGGAGGAAGAUAAAAAGUCAAUGCACAUAACAUAUAAUACCUUAGAAGAAAACGAAGAUCAAAUGAAAGAAAAAAUUAAAAAUCCAAAAGAAAUAAAAAACAAGAGUAAAACAACUAGAGGGAAAGUAGCCAAUAUAGUUGAUAAGCAAAGGAGUUACAAGGUAUGUAUAACUGAAGUCCCUAAACAAGAAAACUAAAAUAAGGAAAUAGGACAAAUACUAAAAACUGUAAUUCUAGAAAACCUUCCUGAAAAAAAAGUUUUGAAAAUUUCUUUUUACUUUGUAUUUAAAAAAAAUGACUCACAAUGAUGAAUUACAGGGUAUAUUAAGCUAAUGGGUUUUCAAUAAAACAUUUCCUUUGGGCAUUCAGGAUAAAAACCGAAAAUGUGACAAAUGAGAGAGAAAAAUGUCAUCAGACUUUUUGACAACAUUUUCAGCUAAGAAAAAAUGGAAGAAUAUAUUUAAAAUGUAAGGAAAAAUGUGAUAAUGUGAUCCAAGGGUUUUAUAUUCAAUAAAAUUGAGUUUCAAAUACAAAGGUUACAAAUAAGCUCUCAUCAACAUGUAAAAACUCUGGGAAUAUAGUCUCAUGAACCCUUCCUUAGGAGCCUACAAGAUAAUGACCUCAAACAACCAAAAUAAGACAUUAACAUAAUGACCAGAGAUGAAUAUUAAUGUAUGUGCAUUUGUAAAUUAAGACUAGAUGAGGAUUAUCAAAGUGAGAGUAUAGUAUGUAAUGGUUGUGAGUGCUAACAAUGUAGCAGAUUACAGAACGGAAAAAAAUGUGGAGGGAAUGAGAAGAGUGUCUGCAAAUUAACUUUUAAUCUAUUUAGUAAUAAUAUUGUUGGUGCUAAUCUUUGUGUUAUUUUUAUAUGAAAGUUUACUGUGAGAUGUGGGAUCAAACAAAUGAGCUAAUAUAUGAUAUUCUAAUUCCAUCAUCCCCAGUGUUUUUGAAAGUCAGAUUCUCAGGGUGGAAAAAGGAGAUGCAGACUAACCUAGAAGAGGUUAAGUAACAUACCAGAGCACUGGAUUUGAAUUGAAAAUAUAAGGAUAAACUCACGAGGUGCUUAUGAACUCAUGAAGUGCUUCAUCUUAACAUUUUUAACCAGUGUUUGGUGAAGAGGUCUGGAAACUCUGAUCAAUCCAGUAGCAAUAAGUUAGCAUAAGAUUGUGAGCUGAAAUUACAAUAUCCCAAUAAAAGAAAUCAGAAGUU